GGCUUAGCGAGGACGAGGCAAAAACGUAGCUCCUCGUCUUCCUCGCCUCAACCGGCGAGAGGGGAUUUAAAGCGUUUCCCCAAAUCACCGGACAGCUAACGCUCCAUCCUGUCCGGUUGCAAGGAGUGCCCGCGAAUUUACCGAUAUUCGUCCGAGAUUUUCGGCUCAGUUUGCUUGGAAUUCGCGACCGUUUCCAGUAGAUUCGGGACACGCGGAAGGAUUUUUAAAUUUCUUUACUGCGAGCGAUCAUUGAAAAAAUGCAAGUGCUUGUCUGAUCGAAAUGACUAAAAGUGAAAGUGAAAUCAGAAAAAAAUGUGUGAAGUUGUGAAGUGAUAUCCGUAAGUGAAAAGGUGGUAGUAAUUUGAUCAAUAAAUUUUCUGUGGAAGACAAAAAAAGUUAAGAGAAGAUAGAAGAAAAAUAUAUAAGAAGAAAUCAUCUAAAUACUAAAAGUUCCUUGUUGAAGAACUUGUAAGUAAGAAAUAAGUACUUUCAAGUUCAAGGGUGAUGCAGGGAAGACUUGUUCCAGAAGUUUAAUUUACGUAGAGCAGUUAAUUGAAUUAAAGAAGAUGGAGGAGACGACGACAGAAAAUGCGUUGCCAAUGACGGGACAAUCCACAGUUCUUUUACUAUCGAAAGUUGGGGCCAUGUUGGGUUUAGGAUUUGGCUCACUAAUUUUAGGCAUGUUACCACUUAUUGUUGGACGCUGCAGAAUGAGGAAGCAGGACGGACGUCGUGGGAUAACAAGCGAUUCAAGUAAUUCAACAAAUGCAUCCUCGACAAGUGUUGAUUCGCACUCACACUCGUCACAAGGUCUCCUAACAUCUCUACUACUCUGCUUUGGUGGUGGAGUCCUCCUCUUCACGACCUUCCUCCACCUGGCACCGGAAGUCCGUCAGAGCGUCGAAAGACACCAAGCCAAUGGUCAACUGGUCACCCUCGGCACCUUGAGCCUCGCCGAACUUCUCUUCUGUGGAGGCUUCUUCUUCGUCUACCUGGUUGAAGAAACCGUCCAUGCGGCUCUGACAAACAAACCAGAAUCUGGUGAAACUCUACUCUACCGAACCGUUUCCGUUCGAAGGUGCAACAACAACAAUAACAAUAAUAACAACAACCAAGGAGGCACAUCAACAACAACUCCUACCGCUACUAGAGCUUGGAAAACCGGACAUUGCAAUGAAGACAAAGACAAGAUCAAAAAAGGAUCCAAAGAGAGAUUCAAGGAUCCAGAGUUACACAAGAGGGAUAGGCUUCCUGCGAUUUUCCUACUUUCCUCAUCGGACGUACCAGUCGAGGCUGAAAGUGUGAAAUAUGACAUUGAGUCUCUUUCGAAGGAGAGCAAAAACCCCCAUAAGGCGGAGAAUUCCGUUCGAGGAUUGCUGACAGUUCUUGCCUUGUCCUUCCAUGCGAUCUUCGAGGGUCUCGCCGUUGGUCUAGAGCCAUCCUUGAAUUCGGUCGUUUACCUAGCAGCUGCCAUUGCCACUCACAAACUGGUGAUCGCCUUCUGCGUAGGCAUGGAGCUCUAUGUGGCAGGUACUUCCAGUAAAACUAUUCUUGGGUAUCUGUCGGUUUUCUCCAUGGUCACGCCACUGGGGAUUAUGGCUGGUAUGGCCUUGGGCCACUUCAAGAACGACAGUGAAAACCUGGGACCAGUACCAACCAUCCUCCAGGGCAUGGCAGCCGGCACGCUACUAUAUGUGGUGUUCUUCGAAGUUCUCGCCAGGGAGAGAGCUAAUGAAAAAAGUGGACUUCUUCAGCUGGCUGCUAUCCUCCUCGGAUUCAUGCUCAUGCUGGGACUUCAAAUCGCGACUGCUCACUCACACUCACAUGGUCACUCACAUGGUCAAGAAAACCAUGAAGAGCAUCCAGGGGACGUAGGUCACAGUCAUGAUCAUGAGCACGAGGGCGAAGAGCAGCAUUACGCGAUUGGAGGCGCCAUCGACAGGGUAACGGACUCAUUAGUGGAUGUCGUAUCUCAAGCCUUGUCUUCCACAACGACCCCAUCAUCAACUUCCAUAAGCAGCAUGAAAAGGAUUCUGGAAUCGAGCACGAAAGCUGGUUCCACCACGUAAAAACAAGUCACCAAAGUGAAAAUUUCAAAGACUUAAUCUUCUUCAAAAUCACUCCUUACACCUGUGCUUUCAACAGGAAGGAGGAUGUCGGUCAACAUUUCCAAGUUGUGAUUGAGACUAUUAGUGAUAAUGAUAAUUGCUGAAAACAGAAAUUUACAGCUGGAAUCUACGAAUUAGUUUUUCUUUAACAGAGACGAACACAGACUAGAUUAUUUAGGAAAAAAUAGAGUCUGAAGUUGCAUUUCAAAUUGGAACAUUCACAAGGGGAACCUACAAGGUUCUGAAGUUUUUUUAUUUGUAAUCGUCCCAGUAAUUAGUCAUUACUAAAAUUGUAAUAGCCCAGUGGGCUAUUAAAGUUGCCCUAUAAACGUUUUGUGACCUUUUAAAUCCAUGAAAAGAUCCAAAGGAUGUAAAGCGAUGCGAGAGUCUUUCCUUGCUGCCGAUGCGAGUCUUUCCUUGCUGCCGGCAGGAAAUGACAGUCACAUCAACUAAACUUGUAAUAGGGUAAAGUUCUUACUUUAACCUGUUUAGUUUAUAGUUAGCCUUUAAACUUUCUCUAAUCUUAUUAGAUGCGCUUUUCAGCCAUUUAAAAAAAAAACGGUUAAAAAGAAUCCGAAUACGUUCCCGGUAAGAAGGCUUGCAUUAAAAAGUAUUAAAAAUUUUGAAUCCAUAUGAAUGCCUUUUCCGUCUUUCGUUUUUUUUUAAUCCUGGUUAGGCAGCUAAAAUAACAAGAUUUUAAUUCCUUUCAAAGCCGAUCAAAGCUGCCAAACUUAAAAUUAAUGAAAAACACAAUCUUCAUUUGAAUCAUUAUAAAGUCCUCCAAACGUAUGCAAUUUGAAAAAUCGAUUAGGAUUGUGCACAAAAAUACAUAUCUUUAUCGUAAAAGGUUAGCUUUGUUCAAAUAUUAUCAAUUACAAAAAUAUAAGAUAAUAGUAAAAAAAUCAAAAGAUUAUUUUUCACCACAGCCUUCUGUGUGGAAAUUAAUCCUGAUAUCAUAAAAUGUUUGAUGCUAUAUUUUAAAAACCUUUUUACCUCGCUAUUAUUCGAAAAACAGUAAAUAAAAGUAGUGAAAUGUGCUAAGUUAAAAGGGAUUGUAAAUUUUAUAUUUAUUGGUUGCUUUGUGUCAUUCAAAAGUAUUCAGAAAAAUAUUGUCGCUGGGCAAAGGAAGGGAUUAACCUUUAAAAGAUAACUUCCACUGCCGUGAAGAUUUAAAAUUGUAGGACAAAAAGGUAAUCCAGAAGUAUUCAAUAUUUAUAACAUUACCACUGGAUGCCUGAAAUUUUCCAAUACUUUUUAAUGCAAUCCUUCUUAUCGGGAUACACGGAAAGCGAUGCGAGAGUCUUUUCUUGCUGCCGACAAGGAAAGAGACUCGCAUCCACAAAACUUGCAAUAGGCUAAAGUAAUAAGUUGCGCUUUGUAGCAAUUCUUGAGAAAAAUGGUUUUGAAAAAUCCACGUAAGUUACACGAAACGCGCUGCGAGAGUCUUUCCUUGCUGCCGGCAAACAAAGAUACUCGCAUCAACCACUCUGAAAAAAAUUGAUCUUGUCUGUUUGGUCUUGAACCACAUGAAUAUAUAUUUUUUAUAGACUUAUUAUUUGUCAGGAAGAUUAGGCGAUGUUUGUCACAAAAAGAUAAUGUUUGCUGCAAAAGAUUAUUUUUCAGACAAAUGAUCCUCUCAAUUUGUAAUGUAAGAGCACAUUCCAUUAUUGCCAAGAGACAUUUGUUUGACAGAAACGGACAUUUCUCUGAGUGACCAAACUUGCAAUAGGCUAAAGUAAUAAUUUGCGCAUUUCAGUCAUUCUAGAAAGAGAGUCUUUCCUUGCUGCCGGCAAGGAAAGACACUCGCAUCAACGAAACUUGUAAUAGCAUCAAAUAAUAAGUUGUGCUUGCUGCCGGCAAGGAAAGGCACUUCCAACAACCAAAAUUAUAAUAGGCUAAAGUAAUAAGAUGCGCUUUUCAGCAAUUCUUGAGAAAAAUGGUUUUAAAAAAUUCACGCAGGUUCCAUGGCACGCUAUGCGAGAGUCUUUUUUUGCUGCCAGUAAGGAAAGACAUUCGCAUCAACUACUCAGAGAAAAAGUUGUCUUGAAACAAAAGCAUUUGUCUGUUUUUUUGUAGACAUAGGAAAAGCCUUUUAAUCUUAAAUUUGAAAGGACAUUCCAUUUGUGUCAAGAAAAAUCUAUUUGACACAAAAAAAAAACAUUUCUCCGAGUGAAAAAAC